GCGACGGGCCCGGGCCAGACGCCGCUCCCGCCUCCGCUGGCCAAGAUGGAGGCGGCUGCGGGUCCCCGAGCUGGUCGCCCGCCUGUCGGAAGGGCUGGGCCGUCCCCGGCGGGGCCGCCGCGUCCCAGCCCCUGGGCCUCUGCCCUCGUUGGCUCCGAGGCGGACGACCCGUCCCCGUGGCGGGAGGGAACGCAGGUGCCGGCCGGGCUGGGCCCGGUCGGGCCGGGCGAGUUGCGACCAAGGAGCCACCUGGGCGGCAGGACUCGGCUUUUGUUCGCCGUCUACACCUAUGUCCCGGGCGCACGUCACGGGCUGUGCGGGUCCCGAGGUUCCACGUAGGAGGCGAGCGGGGAGGCCGCCCUGGCGGCCGUCGGUGGGACUGCAGCCGACGAUGUUGGGGAGUAAAUGGAUGGAUAAAGUGGACCCGGAUUUCAGGAUUGCCUACUCGUAAAUAGACGGGUGUUGUUACACUUUAAAGUUCAACACGAUGGUGAACAGCAUUAACUUUUUUUUUUAACAUCUUUAUUGUAAUAUAAUGCUUAACACUGGUGUGUUGGUUUCUGCUGUAUAACAAAGUGAAUCAGCUAUAUGCAUACAUUUAUGCCCAUAACCCCUCCCUCUUGCGUCUCCCUCCCACCCUCCUUAUCCCACCCCUCUAGGUGGUCGCAAAGCACCGAGCUGAUCUCCCUGUGCUAUGCAGCAGCUUCCCACCACAAUGUUCCAUCGCAGCACUCUUUAUACAGUUGCCAGGACAUAGAAGCAACCUAAGUGUCCAUCGACAGAUGAAUGGUUAAAGAAGAUGUGGCACAUAUAUGCAAUGGACUAUUACUCAGCCAUAAAAAGAAACGAAAUUGAGCUCUUUGUAGCGAGGUGGAUGGACCUAGAGCCUGUCAUACAGAGUGAAAAAUCAUGUCCAAGGAUCUAUCCAUGGAAAAGUGGGACCCAGAAUGACUGCAUACUCAUGACAGUUAACCGAGCUGCCCUGGAGUCGCCCAGCUGCCCAGCUGCCCAGGUGUCCCGGAAAAAGACCUGGGCCAGCGGGACCUGACGGGCGUGCGGCAGGUCUUUGGGUGGCCAGUGGGGCAGGGCUCCCAGUCCCACCCUAGGACACACGGGCCCCCGCCUGCAAGGCGCAGCCCCCGCCGCAGGCCCCGCCGGACGUCCCCCCGCCGGCUGAGGAGGGGGCCGAGGGGCAGCCAGCAGACGCGAUGUGGGAAGCGCGAGGCAGGCUGCGCAGCCCGAGGGCAGAGCGGCGGCCGCCGUGCAGGUGCGGGGGCGCGAAGCCGCGGACGAGGCCGGCCCCGGGGAGCUCGCGUCCCGCAGCCUGCUUCCCGGGCGCGGACCGGCUGCAGCAGCGGGGCCCGAGGGAUCACCGGGAGGAAUGAUCCUCCUCCUGGGUGUCUCGCAGGCCUCCCACGCCACCCAUGGUGGACCACAGGACCCUUUGUCCCGUGCUGACACCUGUCCCUUCUUCCCUGCUUGGUGGCCACGGUGGAUCCCCUCUGCCCUGGAUGCUGUGAGUUUAAUGCUGGCCGGGGAAGCAGAGGACGUGAGGGAAAGAAGCAGCCUCCUGGGGUCAGCUUUCUUGUUCUGCAUCGUCCUGGUCUUAGUGGCCUGAACAGCACCCCAUCUGUGAGAGCUCGAGGCACCUACAGAGCCGCGGGCCCCAUCCCCUGGCCACUGGGUCGUACGCUGCGUGGUCCUUGGCGCCAUCUUCCCUGUGGCCAAGCAUCUUCUCUGACCACAACAACAUGAAGCUGGAAGUCAACCACAGAAAAAGAAAUGGGGAAAAAAUCAUUACAUGGAGACUAAACAACAUGCGACUAAAAAAACCCAGUGGAUCAACGAGGAAAUCAAAAAGAGAAUUAAAAAAUACCUUAAGGCCCUGAGCCUGUAAACUAGCUCAAGUGUGGGAACUGAUUGACGGGCCAUGACGCCCUGAUUUUCUGAUUCAGGAACACCAUCAACUAGCCUUUGGCAGUGGGCCCCUCCCACCUGGGAUCCAGUUAUUCCCUGGCAUUUCGGUUUCCCAAAGCAUGACUGCAGUUCCCACUGGAAGGUCCGGCCGACAGAGAAGAGUGACCACGGAGCUCUUCAAGGGUGACAGCUCUCCCCUCACAAAUGUAUUUCUUCCAGUAUUAGUGAAAGUAGCCAGGACAUGGAAGCAACCUAAAUGUCCAUCAACAGAGGGAUGGGUAAAGAAGAUGUGGCACAUCUAUACAGUGGAAUAUUACUCAGCCAUGAAAAAGAACGAAACUAUGCCAUUUGCAGCAGCAUGGAUGGACCUAGAGAUUGUCAUACAGAGUGAAUUUCCUUCCAGACUCAACUGGAGGUCAGAAGGCACAGGAGCCUGUGUGGUGUGGUCCAUGCACGUGCACCUUCGCAGAUCAGAGGGCAAGAUGGAAGAAAGUGGAGAAUGGGUGUGGGGAGACAAAUACACGUGAAAUGGGUUGGGGUCCUUUGGUGUUUUUUCUCCUCCAGCCGGCACGACGCCGAGGCGGUCGGCAGGGGGCGCGGGAGACCGCACUGCAGGAAGGAAAGAACUCGCACCGGCUGGAUGUUUGACCUCCAGGCCCCGCGCUGUACGCGAGGCCGCCUGCAGCCCGGGGCAUAUGCGUUCAGUGCUAUAAAUUUCACUCUAAGUACUACGUUCACUGUAUCCCACAAAUUUUGGACCAGGAAUCGCCUUCAGGCCAGUCUGGUGGACGUUUGUCUGAAGCUGAGGAGGACCGCGCCGCCACUGUUCUUUGGCAUAGAUAAAUGUUCAGCGGGAGGAUUAGACUUGACUGAACAGACUCCUGUUUUAUUAGGGAGUAAAGCCAUGGCAACUAGUUUCAUGGACAUGGCAUUUGGUGACCCAGCUAGUCCUUUAGUUAAUAGAUCUAGAAACUCGUCAGCAGAGGAUGAUGAUGAUGAUGUUGUAUUUAUUGAAUCUAUACAACCUCCUUCAAGUUCUGCUCCAAUAAUAGCUGAUCAAAGAAAUUUUAUAUUUGCUGCAUCAAGAAAUGAAAAGCUACAAGGAAAUUAUUCCAUAAUUCUUCCUUCCUCAAGAGGUUUGGCUUCUCAGAAGGGAAGUAUAAGUGAGACAAUUGUCAUUGAUGAUGAAGAGGACAUGGAAACAAAUGGAAAGGAAAAGACAAUUUCUUCUAGUUUUAUUGAAUGGGCACUUCCUGGAAGUAAAAACAGAACCAAAGAUUUGGAUUUCUCCACUUCCAGUCUUUCAAGAAGUAAGACCAAGACUGCAGUAGGACCUUUUAAUCCUGGUAGAAUGAAUGUGGCAGGAGACGUUUUUCAGAACGGAGGAUUUACAGCUCAUCACAAUCCUGAUUCUUGGAUCUCCCAGUCAGCAUCCUUUCCCCGUAAUCAGAAACAGCCAGGGGUGGAUUCUUUAUCACCAGUGGACUCACUUCCUAAACAGAUCUUCCAGCCUUCUGUCCAACAGCAACCCACUAAACCAGCUAAAAUCACUUGUGCAAACUGCAAAAAGCCUUUACAGAAGGGACAGACAGCUUAUCAGCGAAAAGGAUCAGCUCACCUCUUCUGUUCUACCACCUGCCUCUCUUCCUUCUCUCAUAAGCGUACUCCAAAGAAACGCAAGGUGACAUGUAAAAAAGGUGCACCUGCAAAACAGGCUACUCUUGUUCCUCAAGGGGAGUCAAGUGAAUCCUUCCAAAAAUUUUGUGGUACGUCUUUGUCUCCCUAUGAAGAUAACCAGAAUCUUCGAAAAAGAGUUCUGAAUAAAUCAAGAUGUACAAUCUGCAGUAAACUAACAGAGAUUCGGCAUGAAGUCAGCGUUAACAAUGUAACACAUAAGCUGUGCAGUAACCAGUGCUUUAACAAGUACAGGUUGGCCAAUGGUCUAGUGAUGAAUUGCUGUGAGCAGUGUGGGGAGUACCUGCCCAGCAAAGGUGCUGGAAACAAUCUCCUAGUCAUUGAAGGUCAGCAGAUGAGAUUUUGCUGCCAAAGUUGUGUUAACGAAUAUAAACAGAUGAUGGAAACAAACUCAAAAAAAAAGCUAGCAUCAGAAAACAGAAAAAGGAAUGCUGUUAGAGAAGAAAAUGAAAGAGAAUUGUAUGGGUCAUUGAAUAUACUUUUGGAAAAAAUAGAAAGAAUACCAGUGAAAAAGGAAAAGACUUCAGAACUACAAGUUUCAGCAGAAUGUAGCCAAGAUACACCAUUGGUCCAACAGGAUGUGAAUUUACCUCCUUCUGUGUCAACCAUAGCUGAUAAAUUUCAAGAGCAACUGGAAGAGAAACAAGCAGAAGACUCCAUUAUACCAGCUGUGCUUUCUGCAGAUCCGGGUACAUGGCCCCGAAUUUUGAGUAUUAAAGAAAGGGACACUCUAGUUGAAAAUGAUCCACCUCAAGUGAGAAAUUUUAACUUUCCAAAGGACAGUACAGGGAGGAAGUUUUCAGAAACUUACUAUACAAGAAUUCUUCCAAAUGGUGAAAAAACCACUAGAUCCUGGUUACUUUAUUCGACCUCGAAAGAUUCUGUGUUUUGUCUAUAUUGCAAACUCUUUGGGGAAGGAAAAAAUCAACUAAAGAAUGAGAAUGGGUGCAAAGAUUGGCAGCAUUUAUCACAUAUUCUUAGCAAACAUGAGGAGAGUGAAAUGCACAUCAACAAUAGUGUUAAAUAUUCAAAAUUAAAAUCUGAUUUGAAAAAAAGUAAAACUGUGGAACACCGAUUACAGGAGAACAUGGGAAAGGAGGGCGUGAAGCUGUUGUACACCUUAGACCUGAUCUGACAUGAUGAGGUCGCACACUUACUCAGGCCUGUACCCUGACAGUUGGUGCCUCUGUGCUGAGGCUCCCAGACGGAGUGAUUCAUCAGCUCAUUAGCAAUAAGUAUCAUAGCAAGUAACUAGUGAAGAUGGUUUCUGCUCCAGAUUCUAAAGCUAAUUGGAUUUGUAGUGAUUAAUGCCGAUUUCAGUGAAGGCAAUUGUUGAUCUUUUCAGUUUUUCAAUUCACACCUUUUAAAACGGGCACUUCAGGGCUUCCCUGGUGGCGCAGUGGUUGAGAGUCCGCCUGCCGAUGCAGGGGACCAGGGUUCGUGCCCCGGUCCCGGAGGAUCCCACAUGCUGCGGAGCGGCUGGGCCCGUGAGCCAUGGCCGCUGAGCCUGCGCGUUGGAGCCUGUGCUCCGCAGCGGGAGAGGCCACAACAGUGAGAGGCCCGCGGACCGCAAAAAAAAAAAUAAAAAAAUAAAUAAUAAACUGGGCACUUCAGGGCUGACAUUUGACUGGUGUGGCUAAUACUCUGAAAGAGGGAGGGAAAGACUUGAAUUUAUCAGUACCAGUGGAACAAGGUGCUUAGGUGGACAAGCGUUGUUGUUCAGAGAGAGACGGGAUCUGAGACUGCCGCUUUCUGCCGUUAAACCAAAUACUUACGGUUCAUUUCAUUUGGGCAAAAUGUUAUUUUAUUAUUUGAGCAAAGCAGCAUCAUUUGUCAUGUUAAAUAGAUUAAAGUGAUGAAUUUUGUGUUUUAUUGGUUUUGUUUUAACUUAAUUUGUAAAUGUUUUAGCUUUUAUUGUCAUGUAAAAACUAUAAGCAUAAAGAGUGUAUACCUAUUUUUAUGUUGGUACAAAUAUAAGAAAUAUUAAA